GCCAUUGUUUCUUCUACUACCUUACCCAACCAGUAGUUGGAUAUUUUUUCCCAAGCAGCCUCAAAUUUCAAAAUUUUAAUAGACUAAAUUGUCAGAAGUUUCUGUGUGUCGUCAUACAUGACUGAGAGAAGACACUGAGGUGCGUGGAACUGCACAAACAGAAUAUACCAAGGGUGGGCGAAUGGAUGAUGGUGAUACCUCACUGCAAAUGUGCGGAGUGACGGACAACACGGGGAUUGAUACAUCAGGAGAGGGAGCAAGACAGGGAUGUUACAUUGCAAAGAGUCACUUCUGUGGGAAACAGAAAUAAGCGGAAAAGGUCAAGCACAUCGAUCAGCAGGAGAGAAGAACUCAGACUGAUCAUCAACUCAGAUCUGACAGACGGUGGAAACCCGUUGGAAAAAAAAAAAAAACAUCUUGAGCGCAAUCCAGCACAGAAGUGAGGUUUACUGCUGAAAGCAGAUAUUCAAAGAGAUUCGUACCUCUUGGCAAACAAACCUGCACUGAUUGGAUGGCCGCAGAAGGCUGUGGGCAGCAAGCCAUGGAUAUGAGUGAUCCAAUUUCCAGCUCUAAAUUCAAAACACUUAAAGUCUGUGUUCUAUCAGGCGGCAGAUGUGGCUCAACACCAAUAAACAACUUGGGACGGCUUGGCUUGUGGUCCAAGUCGAGAUCUCUUUGCUAAUGGUGUUUUGUAAGGAAAUGGGAGGUUUAAACCUCAAACUACCAUCUGAGACUGUUUGCAGCUAGCACCACUUUAUAUCUACGUAGUAUGAUGGUAAAUAUAAUUCCUCCCAUUCCUCUCCCUCCAUCUUCCUGUCUGUUCAGUUUGUUCUGCCCUCUGAGGUUCCGCUGAUCAAUUAUUAAAUUCCACUCAAUGCUUUGUGCAUUUCUACUGAGAAGGCAGGGUUUAUUCCAAACGAGUCCAAAGUCUUUCAGUCUUUGAAGCAGUCACUACUCUUCUGGGGAAUGGGUGGUCCAACGAGGGCUCUUCUUGGUGGGUUUGGCACAACCACCUCGUCCUUCGAGGUCGGGGGUCAUAUAGGUUGGCCGAGCAGCAACCCGCUGGACUUUAACCAAACCCUGCCAUGGGGAAUGGGAGGCAGCAGUGGAGGUGCAAGCGCUGCAGCCAUGAGUUUGAGUUUUGGUUUCGACAACUCAACAACCCAGGAGUCUGUCACCAGAACUGUGAUCAAAGAAAAGAACUGGCCGGCGCUGCUGAUCCUCGUUAUCAUCGCACUGACGGUCGGUGGGAACAUCCUGGUGAUUCUGGCGGUGUCUCUGGAGAAAAAGCUCCAAAAUGCCACCAACUUCUUUCUGAGGUCACUGGCUGUGGCAGACAUGCUUGUAGGCAUCCUGGUCAUGCCAAUUUCUCUCAUCAACAUACUCUAUGACUACGCCUGGCCUCUACCCAGCGCCCUUUGCCCAAUCUGGAUCUACCUGGACGUGCUAUUCUCCACGGCCUCCAUCAUGCAUCUCUGUGCUAUCUCCCUGGAUCGAUACGUCGCCAUCCGCAACCCCAUUGAGCACAGCCGCUUCAACUCCAGAACCAAAGCCAUGAUGAAGAUCGCUGCCGUCUGGACCAUAUCUAUAGGCGUGUCAAUGCCCAUUCCCGUGAUUGGUCUCCACAAUGAGGACAAGGUUUUUGUUAACGGCAGCUGUGUCCUCAACGAGGAGCGCUUCAUGCUGAUUGGUUCUUUUGUGGCCUUUUUCAUCCCACUGGUCAUCAUGGUGGUGACUUACUGCCUCACCAUACAGGUGCUCCAGAGGCAGGCCACCGUCUUCCUGUAUGAAGCAAAGUCUUCUUCCCAGCAGCCUUUGAGUGCACCAGCAAUCACACUGCAGCCUCCAGCGAGCCCAUUCCACCUUCCAGAGAUCAAUACGCUUGAUCCUCCAGACUCACAAGAACUAAAGCCCCCACCCCUCCAAAGCAGACGAAACACCCUGAGCUGUCUGAAAGGCCCGGAGCCCAGCAUUCUGCUCAGCGCCUCCACCUCAGACAGCCUCAGCAUCAUUCCUAGCUCCGAGGCCGCAUCGCAGCUCAGCUCUCCAGCCAUGGGGCCGGGUAGAAGUGACGCGUCGGGUUGCCACGGCAGACGAGGGAUGAUGCAGGCCAUAAAAAAUGAGAGGCGAGCCUCCAAGGUCCUGGGAAUCGUCUUUUUCCUCUUCCUCAUCAUGUGGUGUCCAUUCUUCAUCACCAAUGUCACCUUUGUUCUGUGCCGGGGCUCGUGCAACGAGUCGCUGCUUCAUGAUCUCCUAAACGUCUUCGUUUGGGUGGGUUACAUCUCCUCCGGGGUCAACCCUCUGGUCUACACCCUUUUCAAUAAGACCUACAGGAGAGCCUUCUCCAACUACAUAAGGUGCCAGUACAAAGUGGGGGCCAAUGCGGCCGGACAAGGCGGCAAAACCCUCUUUGCGCCCCAGCAGUGCCCGUCGCACGCUGUUACCCCUCUGCUGCCGAGCAGCCACGACAAAGCAGGGGUGGACCGCAACAGCAACUGUCGCAAUGGCAGCAGGGGAGAUAAUGGGAGGCUGACGGUGGACCCGGAGGACACAACAGAUGAUGGGACGCAAAUCGGAUUAGCGUCACAGAGCCUGUCGGAAUGCCACAACCCCGGCAUGAUUUCGGAGACAGAGCCAGAAACGGAGAUGGAGCAGGAGCUGUCGCUCAUCAGCUACCCACCCCCCAGAGAACACACGAGCAGUGUGUGACUGCAUGCUCACCCUUGUUCGGUUUUCAUUUUGAACGUGGCAGAGCCUUUUCACCCGGGGACUACUGCUAGGAGAGUCACUGAAGUGCACUACUUUUAUCCACCCGCCAGGGAAGCAGAGGUGAAGAAAGAAAAAAAAAAACGUAAUUCCAAAUAUGUUUGCUGUCAGCUUUGCCAAAAUGUUAGGUGUCACACCAUAAAACCACACUCAGGUUUUGACCUGUAUGUUGACGUGCUCAUCGACCAAACCAUGCGUUGCAACCUCUGGAGACUGAGGUAUUGACUGAGGCAGGGACAAAGUGAAGUGGGACUCCCUAUUAACCUGGUAUGAAGUCAAGCGGCCCUUCAGAGUCCCACUGAUGCAGGUUACAGAGCCCAGCACCGAACACACUGCCUCUGCAUCAAACCGUGACUUCAAGCCCUCGCUGAGAGUGAAGAUGCAGUCCGAGCUCGACACCGAGCAAACCCAGCCAAAUACACGUCUGAAACAGUCAAGCUUGACAGACUGAACCUUUUCACAAUGUUUAGCUGACAGAACAGGAAACUCAACUAAGGAGACUUUCUCAAGACUGCAGUGAAAGUCUCCCUGAGAGGACAGAGAUGAAGGAAUGUGCAACUCUUGGCUCUGGUGGACAUCUAGUGCCAUCUACUGGUCAUGGAUAUAUCUUGGGUUGGUAGUUAGUAGAUAAAACAGCCAACAUAGGGGGGUGAAAAAAGAAAUAAAAGGCACAGUCCUUUCAUCUGUACUGCUUUUGUUGUCAAAUACAACCACUUUGGAGACUCA